AUGAGUUCAAAUUUGAAACGUGGCCCCAUUGAUAAUUUCUUUUCCCCCAGACAAAAAAAAAAUAAUUCUAAUGUUGAUAUUGCUGUAGCUGGUCCAUGCAACGAGGAAAAUAAUGAUAUCGAAGAUAAUGAUGAUCGCGUGGUUGGAUGUGAUCCAAACAUUACGGAAGUACAUAAAAGUUGGCCUAUGUUAUGGACUAAUGAACAAGUAACUGAAUUUAAAAAUAAAAAUCCGUGGAUAGAUUGUAAAGAUGGGAAAUUAGGGUGUAGUACUUGCAUACAGGUAAAAAAUAGUAUUCAGUUACAAAAAUCCAUUACUGAUGGUAAACUUCGAAUGUCACGUGAAUGGAUGGACUUUGAAAUAAUGGCUGCUGGAAGUAAUCGUACGAAUCAGCUAUCUUCUUUAAGAAGUAAAAUUAAACAGCAUUCGGAAAGUAAAUCUCAUUUAUUAGCUGAGAACGUCUUAAAGAAAAGCUCUGAACAGGCUUUGGAUAGAAUGUUUGAACAUAUGGGCGAAACUGUGAUUAACAGUAAUAUGAGAAUUUUUCAAACUGCAUAUUGCUUAGCGAAGCAUCAUCGCCCCUUUCUACAGUUUGAAGAACUUAUUAAACUGCAGAAAAUUAAUGGAUUAUACAUGGGAUCUUCCUUGCACAGUCGAAUAACUGCCACUCGAAUAAUUAACGUAAUCGCAAAAGAGAUGCGAAAACGGCUAAUCACACGUCUUAUAGAGUCAAACUCAAAAUUCUCUAUAAUGAUUUACGAAUCGACUACACUGAGCACAAAGUGCACACUUAUUUUAUAUAUUUUAUCAAACUUUGAUUCAGAGACUCCUAUUGUAGUAUUUCUUGAUUUAAUUGAGCUAGAUGGGCAAGACGCUGUAAAUAUUGAGAAAGCCUUGUGGUUGAGCUUAGAAAAAAAUGGAAUUUCUAAGUCUUUUGCAUUGAAGAAUUGGAUUGCAUUUGCAAGUGAUGGAGCUAGUGUAAUGACAGGCACGAAAUCUGGAGUAGCUGCUAAACUUUGUGAGAAGAUACCACGACUAUUUACGUGGCAUUAA